UGAGAAUUAAAUUCUGGAAAAUUACAAUAUGAACCAAUAUAUUAAUAAAUUUAAUUAAAACAUAAUAAUUAGAAUCCAGAAUUUGAGGAUAUUAUCUCAUUUAAUAGUGCUGGAAAUGCUUUUGUAGUCAAGGAUUAAAAUGGGUUUAGUGAUUUUGUACUACCAAAAUAGUUUAAACAUCAAAACUUUAGUUCCUUUAUUAGACAAUUGAAUAUGUAUGGCUUUAAAAAGAUAAGAAAUGUUAAUAAUCAAAAUCAGUUCAGUCAUCAUUAUUUUUUAAAAGGAAGAGAGUACAAAAUUUGAUUAGAAUAGAGAUCUACUAUACAAAAUCAUAAGAAAAAAUGGUGUAAUGUAGAGAUGUCAUUAUCUUAAAUUAUAAAAUAAAGCAAAGAAAGAAGUUACUCAAUUAUAUUCCAACUAUUCAGAACUGAAGACAGACAUAGAAUAAAUUUAAAAAGAACUUAUUUAUUUUUAUUAACAAUUUGAUUAAGUUAAAAUUGUUAAUAUUAUUUCUUAGUUUUAAGGUACUCUCUCAACUUUGAUUGAUUCCUCUAGGCAAUAAAUUAGAGAAUUAAGCAUUAUUAAAAAUUAGAACUCCAUUUGUAAUGAUUUACUUUUCUAAGUAUUGGCUAAUGUAUCUAAAUCAUAACCUGAAUAAAAAUAUCAUUGUAGAAUUUCUUUUAUUUAUGCUUAGUCCAAUAUCCCUUUACUAACUCUACCCAAUAAACUUAAACUACUAAAAGCAAUGGAAGCGAUAAAGAUGAACUAAAUAAUGAUAAUGAAAAUAAUAAUAAUUCAAGUAAAGAGGGUAAAAUUUAUAUUAUUGUUAUUUUUUUAAGAUACCAAUCAAAGUUUUCAGAGUAAUUCUUUUAGGGAACCUUAACAAUAAGUAAAAUCAGAUUGAACGGAAAUUUGCAAUUAUAUAUAUAUAUCCAUAUGAAGCUAAAUUUUUUAUUUAAUAAUUAUUCUUAAUCUUUAUUUAGUGUUAUUGUAAUCUAACAAACUAUAUAUGAAUUAGAUCAUAAAUUACAAAAUAAAAUAUAGACUAUCUAAAUUUUACAUAUUUAUAAUAUUAUAGAAAUCUUCUAUGAUAAACAAACUAUUAUCCUAAUUAAAAUGAUAAUAUAAUUUCUUGAAAUAUUUUGUAUUGAAAAUAAAGCUAACUUAAUUCAAACAAAGUAAUAAAUGAAAAAAAGUUCUAUAAAUUUUUCUAUACUAUCAAUUAAAUAUGAAAAAAAAGAUUAAAAAUUUCAAUCUAAAAUGUCUGGAGGUAAAAUUUUAGCAUAAGCAUUAAAUGAGGGUUAAUAUCUAUUAAAAGUUGUAUCUACAUAAGAUCUUUAAUGAGUAAAAUUAUCAAAUUUCCAGUAAGAAACAUUAGAAUACUCUCCUAAAACAUUUUUUGCUGAUGAUAACAAUGGUUUUGGUCUAGCUGGUUCUAUUUUGUAUGGAGUAUUUCUCAAAAAGGUAUUCUUAUAAUCAAAAUUCAUAUUAUAAUUAUUAAUUAUGUAAAACACUUUAUAUGACUUUAAAUAAGAUGAACAGAAUAUCAAAAAAAUUAUAGAUAAGGAGAUUAAUGGUAAAACUUAAUUAGUUUACGAUAUUGAUAAAUAUAAUUCCUAAUUUUAAAUUUUAGCUCAAGAUUGUAUAUAAUAGUGUGAAAGAACUACUCAUUUAAAAGGAGCAAAAGAAAUGGUUGAAUGUAUAAUUUAUUAUAUCACUUGAGUUAAGGCAUAAGUUAUAAGCCACGAAAAAGUCAUUGAAGCCAUUAGAUAAGCUAAUUUUGUAGAAAUUCAAAAUGUACAUUAAAGGUUCAAAAGACUUUUUAAAGAAAUCUUGGAUUAAAUAUCAAAUUAAUUAGGUAAUGCUUAUAAAUAGGAAUUUUUGAAAUUAUGGUUGGAUUGUAAGAAUUCCAAGACCAUUUUAUAAGAUAGAGAAUUAAAAAUAAAGAGUUCUGAGACAACAAUAUAAAUUUAAGAAUAAGAAUUAAUUAAAUUAAGAACCCAAUAAUCAUCAUAGACUACAUUUUUAUAAUUGAACAAAUAGCUAGAGGAAACGAUUAUUAAUUUAGAGAAAGAUAAUAAUAACUUAAGGGAAAGCCUUCAAAAUCAAACUAAAAAUUAUAAUGACCUUAAGAGUAACUUUGAAGAACUAAAUAAAAAACAUAGCAAACUUUAGUAGUAAUUUGAAGAAAUUCAAUCAAUUUUUGAAAAGGAAAUAAAUCAAUUAAAAUUAUAAGAAUAAAAUAUUAUUAAAGCAAAUAAAGAUUUGAUUGAGUUAACAAAUCAAUUAUCAAGCUAAGUUGAUAAAUAUAAAGAUUUAUAUGAAAUAUAAAAUUAAAAGAACCUUGAUCUAAAUGAUCAAGUUAAAUAUUGGAAAUCAACUCAUUUUUAAAGACUUGUUGAUUUACAAUAAUCUGAAUAAAGAAUAGGAUCAUAAAAAGGUUAUCUUUUUAAAUAUAGAAGGGAAGUAUAAGAUUUAAAAAGAUUUAAACUUUAAAGUGAGGAGGCAAAGAAAGAAUUAUCCAAUGCAAGGUAAACAGUUCAUAUUUUAAAUUAAUAAACUGAAUAAUUAAGAAUGAAUUAUGAAAAUGUAAAAACUUAAAAUCUGAACAUAUAACUUGAAAAAACAGAUAAUUUAAAUCAAAUUCUAAUUAAAAAUGCUUCAUCUACUAAAAAAACAAAUAAUGAUUCAAAUUCAUUUCAUGAUUCACCUAAAAAAGGUAAAUUUGAUUUUGGCUAUAUGAAAAAAUCUGUUUAAUAAUAGACUCCAAAAGAAGAAUUAACAUAAUUAAUAAUAAACAAUUUUAAAAUUCCAAUUUAAUUAAAAUAAAAAAACAGAAGUGCUAGUGCUAAAAAGAAUCUUUAAUUAGAUACUGAUUCAUCUAAAAAUAAUAUAGCUUUAACUGAGUUUGAUCAAAUGACCCCAUUUUUGGACAAUAAUUUAUAAUAGUUUACAUUUAGCCAGGCUCAAAGAUUCCCUUCAAGCAUGAAAAAGAGAAUUAAAAGAAUAAACACUGAAGGAUGA